GCUGCAGUUUUUUUUCUGUGUCGGUUUUGCUUGGAAAGACUUAAAUCGGAGUUUAUUGAGGAGGGCAGGUAUCCGGGAAAAGCCAGCCAAAGUUUGUCAACGCGUAAAGUGGAGUGGAUUUUACGCGUCGCAGAGUUGGAUUAUAAUCUGAAAAUGUCAGCAGCCAUGGAUGUGAGGAGAAACUCGGAGGUGAGUGGGCGGCUUGCAGACAAACAUGACUGCCAACAAGAGUUCGAAGGCUGCGCCUCGUGCAGGAGGGGGUAAAGCUCCGCGGGACGUCCCCGACAGGUGCCAGGCCACGUCACCGUGUCCUGUUCUCGCUGCCGGUCAGGCCCAGAGCCAGCAGCCUCUCCUCAGCGACGGUGAGAACUCUGGGAAGCAGAGCAGGUACGUCAGGACCGACGGCAGGUUCCUGGCACGCACCGGCUGGAGCGGCAAGACCGCCACCUUGUGCAGCGCCGCGUCUCUCGCCGGCGACACCAACUUCCCAGGCCGCCUCACCAAGUCAAAGAGCAUCAGCUGCCUGGACAACAGACUCUCCAUCUACAAGCCUCCGGGUCAAACUAAGGAGAAUCAGGAGCAGAAGGAGAAACAAGGGGAUCUCUCUGCAGGAGAUGGAGUGAACGGUCGGCCCUUGAGUUGGAGCACUCUCUCACUGGGGCCGUCCUCGAACCAAAGCCACAGGCGGACCCUCUCUCUCACCCGCUCCGUCGCAGGUGUUCCCCCCGCCACAAUCCGCAAGAAGAUCUCAGAAUGGGAGUGCAGGCGGGUGUCUCUGCCUAGGAUGAGCCUGUGUCUGGAUAAAAGAGGAGAGCGUGUGGGGGGCAGUGAGGGCUGCCCCAGCCUGCUCUCCUCCCCCUGCAGCGAGAAAACCUUUGACUUUAAGGGCGUCCGCAGGAUGAGCACGGCCUUCUCAGAAUGCUCCUACACAGAGGAAGAGGAGGGAGUCUCAGACAAAGACAACAUAGGACGCUUCCAGAAACGCAUCGGCAAGACGGAGUCCUCGGGGACGUUUGUGCGUUCGUUGUCCGCUCGGAAGGAGACGUCAGCCGUCCUCAACAGGAUACAGAAGAUAGAGCAGGCCCUGAAGGACAACCCCAGCCCGUCCCCUCAACGAUACCUGAACAACUGCUACGCUCCCGACAAGACAAGACAGAGGUCUUUUGUGAUCGGGGACGACCUGGACAGUACUUGCACCAGUAAGCGCAGCAGCAUUUGCUCCGUGGCGACAGAACCAGAUGCUGUUCUGGUGCCUGAUAAACUCACGAAGAUGAGACAGAGGUUCAGUGUGAGCUCAGUCCGGUCUGAGAGUCCAGAACCGGCGAGCCAGCAGAGUUCUGUGGGCGCGCCAGUCAACCCCUUACCCAAACCAAAACGCACUUUUGAGUAUGACGCAAAACGGGACCAGAAAGGCGGCUCGCCAGCCAAUGGACUACCUCCGAACGGAGCCUCUGAGUCUCCCCCGCCGCUUCCAUCGACCCCCGCACCCAGCGUGACACGGACAGUUAAAACAGAGGGAGGCACCCCGGUGAGAUCACAGGACAGAGAGUCGUGUGAGUCAGAGGAUGCUACCAGUGUGCCCUCUUCAUACCCGUCCUCGCCUACAGAGAACGGCACAGUAACCACAGAGGCACGGAGUCGACCCAAUUCCAAAAGCACUUUAGAGGAGAAUGCCUAUGAGGACAUAGUAGAGAAGGAGAACCCGUACGAGGAUGUUGACCUGAAGCGGAGGAGUUUGGGUCGGAAGUCUUGUCUGCUGGACAGCAACAGAUCUUGGACCACCAUGGACAGGAAGCUGAACUCUCCACCUCAGUUGCCUUCCAAACCCAGCAGCCAGUCCCUUCGGCUCCCCGGUCCGAGCGACAGGAAGAGCCACCGGAUGUCCCAGUUGUCCAAACGCUACAGCCACGAUGAGAUGCUGCUCCUCCCCCAGCGGGGCGUCUCUACGUCACCCUGCGGCCUGCUGGAUGAUAGCCUCAGUAGCACCAGUGAUACUCUGGCCUCACACAGGCACUGGAGGAUCCCCAAGCUGGUCCAGAGGAUCAACUCCAUUUACUGCACUAAACGUGGGAAGAAGAGGCUGAAGAAGCUCUCCAUGACCAAUGUUGAGACGGCAUCUCUGAGAGAUGACAACAGUGAGAGUGAGAGUGACUCUGAUGACAGGUUCAAAGCUCACACCCAGAGGUUGCUGAAGCUGCAGUCCAUCCUCCGCCGGGCGCCCAGCUACAGAACGCUGGAGCUGCAGCUCAUCGAGUGGCAGGAAAGAGAACUCUUUGAGUACUUUGUGGUCGUAUCUCUCAAAAAGAAACCCACCAAAAACUCCUACUCCCCAGAGGUCACCUACCAGUUCCCCAAGCUAGAGAGGCCCACCAAGCAGAUGAGGGAGGCCGAGCAGAGACUGAAAGCCAUCCCUCAGUUCUGUUUCCCAGAUGCUAAAGAUUGGAGUCCCGUGUCUGAGUAUGCCAGUGAGACCUUCUCCUUCAUGCUGACCGGAGAGGAUGGCAGCAGGAGGUUUGGGUACUGCAGACGCCUGCUGCCGACUGGGAAAGGACCUCGCCUUCCAGAGGUGUACUGUGUCAUCAGCAGACUGGGCUGUUUUGACUUGUUCUCCACGAUCCUGGAUGAGGUGGAGCGGCGGCGAGGCGUCUCGGCCGCCCUCGUCUACCCGUUCAUGAGGAGUCUGAUGGAGUCGCCCUUCCCUGCACCAGGGAAGAUUAUCAAAGUGAAGACCUUUCUGCCCGGUGCAGGAAAUGAGGUCAUCGAGCUGCGGCGGCCCACAGACUCCAGACUGGAGCACGUGGACUUUGACAGUCUGUUCAGCUGCCUCAGCGUACGGCAGGUGAUACGAGUCUUUGCCUCGCUGCUGCUGGAGCGCCGAGUCAUCUUUGUGGCCGAUAAACUCAGCACCCUGUCCAGCUGCAUGCAUGCAGUAGUGGCGCUGCUCUACCCUUUCUCCUGGCAACACACCUUCAUCCCCGUGCUGCCGGGCUCCAUGCUGGACAUCGUCUGCUGUCCCACCCCCUUCCUGGUGGGGCUGCUGUCCAGCUCUCUGCCAAAGCUCAAGGAGUUACCUGUGGAAGAGGCUCUAAUGGUUGACCUGGGAACGGAUCGAUUCAUCCGACAGAUGGACGACGAGGCCUCGCUGCUGCCGCGGAAACUUCAGGCGGCUCUUGAGCAAGCGCUGGAGCAGAGGAAUGACAUCAUCAGUCAGGACUCUGACAGCGAGUCAGACGAAGAGUAUAACUCCCUGAACAGCCUGGUGUCAGAGGCCUUCAUCCGCUUCUUCCUGGAAACCAUCGGCCAUUACUCGCUGUUUAUCACCCAGAAUGAGCGCGGAGAGCGCGCUUUCCAAAGAGAGGCCUUCCGCAAGUCGGUGGCGUCUAAAAGCAUCCGUCGUUUCCUCGGCGUCUUCAUGGAGUCUCAGAUGUUCGCAGGGUUCAUUCAGGAUCGGGAGCUGAGGAAGACCAGGGCUAAAGGUCUGUUUGAGCAGAGGGUGGACCAGUAUCUGGAGGAGCUGCCCGACACGGAGCAGAGUGGAGUCAACAAGUUUCUGAAAGGUCUUGGAAGUAAAAUGAAGUUUCUCCACAAAAAGAACUGAGGAGAAAUCAUCCUCCUGUCUUCAGUCAAGAAGAGCUGACGUCUCUGCAUUAUGAUGAUUCUCACCUUUUUUUAAUCUCUUUUUUUAAUGUAAACAUGUACAUAUUAUUUCACUGUAAGCUGGCUGUGAUACUCUUCAGUGUAUGUUUAUAGUACCUUAUGAGAUAGCGAUAGCAGGACGGUACACAGCGAGUGAGCCGUAGAGUAACCACUGAUGUCCAGGAGUGCUUGUGGAGAGUGUGUGUCUGUGUGUGUGUGUGUGUGUGACCUUACAUGGGCAUAGAUGUACAGUUCAUAUGUUUCCAUUUUGCAUUAUUUCACCACAGCGUUGUCCUCUGUUUAAGGAGUGUAAAACCUAUUCGAAAACUGUACAUGCAUCAAGACAAUGAAGAAAAUGAUUGUAACUCUUUGUAGAGUCUUUUGCAAUCUUUUAUUAAAAAAUUUUGUUAAAAUGCAUCAAA